GCUCACUAAGAAUGUGUUCUCGAUCUCCAAACCCAGAAGCCCAAAAGAAGCAUUUUGUGCUGGUUCAUGGAGCUGGCCAUGGAGCAUGGUGUUGGUACAAGUUGUCAGCUCUGCUGACCUCUGCAGGUCACAAUGUUACAGCUCUAGACCUAGCAGCAUCCGGAGACAACCCAAAACAGAUAAAUCAAGUCCAUUGCUUCGCGGACUAUGUUGAGCCAUUGAUUGAAUUCAUGGAGUCUCUUCCACCAGAUGAGAGGGUUAUCUUGGUGGGCCAUAGCAUGGGCGGGGCCGGCAUAUCUAUUGCCAUGGAGCGGUUCCCUGAGAAAAUUUCUGCGGCUGUAUUUGCCACCGCGUUGAUGCCUGGCCCUGCUAUCAGUUACUUGACCAUAUUUGAAGAGGUUAGUAGUAGAUUGGAAUUUAUGGACUCUCAAUAUAGAUUUGAUAAAGGACUCAACAACCCUCCAACAUCGGCAAUUUUUGGCCCUCAACGUAUGACUUCAGUGUUCUACCAGCUCUCGCCACCAGAGGACUUAGCACUGGCGUUGUCAUCGCUGAGAUUUUUCCCUCUCUUUGAUGAAGAAAUAAAACUCACCAAGGAGAAAUAUGGGUCGGUUCCUAGAGUAUAUAUCGUGUGCGACCAAGACCUUACCAUUGGGGAGGAUGUUCAACGGUGGAUGAUCAAGGAAAAUCCUCCACAUGAAGUCAAAAUGAUAAACGGCUCUGAUCAUAUGCUCAUGUUCUCCAAACCGCAGGAAUUCUUCUCCACCCUCCAAGAGAUUUCUGAUCAAUAUUCCUAA